CCGGAUGUAGCUUGCAAGUGAAAAAGAUUCAAAAUGGCUGACUUGAAAUGAGAAAGGAUCGACUUAGAAAUUUUCCGGUUCCUUAGGCGAUGUCCCGCUUGGCCGACUACUUUAUCGUGAUUGGAUAUGAUCACGAUAAAGACAGAAAUGGGUCAAGUGAAGGACGUAUCAUUCAGCGAUUUCCAGAGACUGACUGGGAUUCUUGUCCAUUCACUCAGAGUAUCGAAUUGUUUUGUCGGCCAAUUGGAUGGACACUCUCAGCCAACAGACAGCCACCCGAGUUCUUUGUGGCCGUCCUGACAGAUAUUGAUGCUGACAGACACUAUCUGUCUGUCCUGACGUUCAGCGAGAGUGUGGCCAUUUCACCCACGAAAUCUGAUGAUGGCGACACAGAAGAGGACACCGCCCUUAACAUACAUUCCCUCAUGUACUCCCCUAAGUCUAUUGUUCUGGUGUCGCGGCUGGACUACUUUGAAACAUUCAAGAACUGUCUGGGAAUCAUAUACACUGCUUAUGUGGACAAGCUGGAUGUUCAGCUAGAGGUGUUGGUCGGGAACAUCCUAGGCUGUGUGCAGGUCCCUCCCCCAGGUGGCCCUCAGGUGCGGUUCUCCAUUGGCGCAGGUGACAGGCAGGCACUACAGCCCCCAUUGAGUGCCUCAGUUCCAUCCUCCAGAAAUGCAACAGCUCUUCUUUUUCAACAGCUAGGAAUUCAGAAUGUUCUGACUUUGUUCUGUGCGGCCAUGACUGAUCACAAAAUACUCUUCCAUUCACAAAGUUAUUCACGGCUCACUGAUGCUUGUCAAGCCAUCAACAUCCUGCAGUACCCUCUCAGAUACAGUUAUGUGUAUGUGCCCAUAUUGCCUGCCCCUCUGUACGAGGUCCUCAACACGCCCACCCCUUUCAUAGCUGGUGUUCACUCCUCGCUGGCAGAAGACACUGCUGAUCUGGUGGAUGUCAUCAUUGUCGAUCUGGAUGGGGGUAGCGUCCACAUCCCCGAGUGCGUCAAUCUGCCGACAUUGCCAGAGCCGAUGGUGUCCCGUGCAAAGAAAACCCUCACUAUGAUAGAUAUAACCUCAAUUUCUACAUUUACUUGGUCAGAAAUGGUGAUGAAUGCUGACCUACUGAUGGCAGACUAUGCAUUUCCUCCUCCAUCACCAAAGAAACCUCCCUCACUGGAACAAAAGGAUAAAGAAAUUCGUGCAAUAUUUAUUCGUUUUUUUGCUGAGCUGCUGAGUGGAUACAGAUCUUGUCUUACUGUGAUCAGAAUACACCCUGAACCAUUCAUCACUUUCCACAAGGCCAACUUUCUGGGUCACAGAGGAAUGGUGGAUGUUGACUUUCUAGUGCGAGUUCUGGAGGGAAUGAGCUUCAGUACGUUUGUUGCAGAGAGGGGAAACCCCUACAGAGCCUGUGAUAUUUUUGAUGAGGUCUAUUCAAAUAUACAUGAUCUGCUGACAACAGAAACUGCUGACCCCGAGAAGGUUAUGGAACAUGUCAAGGAUUUAGCCAAACAUCUCCACACCAAUGAGAAUCCCAACCCCCAGCCUUAUGUACAGAAAGUCCCCAAGCCAACGGACGGAGCUUACUCAAGGAUUCAUCAGACGCCAUUCCCUGUACUAAACAGUGACCAUGUACACACAAUCCUGCACGAGGGCAUAGAGAAACACAGCCUCAAGUCAAAAAUGACUGUGCGACCUAACCAGGUGAGGAUUGUUCCCAUGGGAACACCAAUCACAGCACUAGUAGACAGACAGAGAAUGGUGGACAACAAUGCCAGGCGACUGGAAGUUCUUCGUAACUGCAUCAAUUUCUUGUUUGACAACAAAAUUUCUGAUGCCAGAAUAAUCUUCCCAGCUGUACUGAGAGCCCUCAAGAGCCGUGUGGCUCGCCUGGCCUUGACCCAGGAACUGGGUUAUCACAUCAGAUCCAACAGAGCGGUCCUGGAACACCAGCAGUUUGAUCUGGUCGUCAAGCUCCUGAACUGCUGUCUACAAAACGAUUCCAGCAUGGAUGAAAAUGGUGUGGCGGCUGCGAUAUUGCCUCUGGCUACUACCUUCUGUCGGAAACUGUGUACGGGGAUCAUCCAGUUUGCCUACACAUGUGUACAGGAGCACGCAGUGUGGCAGAACAUGCAGUUUUGGGAGGCCGCGUUUUACCUGGAUGUACAGAAGCAGAUUCAGCAACUCUAUGCACCUCACUACGAGGAAAAUAAUGUCAGCGAUAAACGCGACAGCUUCCCUGCAUCACCGACACACAAAAAUAAUGAGCUUAAUGUCGCUAAGAACAGUAGCAAUGGACAGACUGUGUCUUCAGAGAGGAGGUCCAGCUACCGAUCUCGAGAAAUAGGGGUGCUGGAAAUAGCUGCUGAACAGUUGCGGGUCUGGCCAACCCUGGGUGAGGAGAAGAGAGAGGAGAUGGUGAGUAAUGAGGAAUCCACGGUGUAUAGCCAGGCCAUACACUACGCCAACAGGAUGGUGUACAUGAGGGUCCCACUGGAGACCCAGAAAAGCAUCAAAACCCUGUCCCCAGAUUGGGAGAGCACCAGCAAUAGUAAUAUUGCCUCCAGCCUUGCUGACAGUGAGAGUAUGGAUGCAGAGAGUGGUUAUGAUGAGAUGGAGAUUUCUGAUGUUGGUGCAAAUGUUAUAAAAUUUGUGACCCGGUUUGUGGACAAGGUCUGUAAUGAGAGCCAAGUAACUCAGGAACACAUUAAGUCCCUCCAUCAAAUGAUUCCCGGGGUGGUGGCCAUGCACAUAGAGACCCUGGAGGCUGUGAAUAGGGAGAGCAAGAGACUCCCUCCCAUUCAGAAGCCGAAGCUCCUGAAGCCCACUCUGUUACCGGGGGAGGAGGUUGUGAUGGACGGUUUGAGGGUGUACCUCCUUCCCGAUGGUCGAGAAGAAGGCCUCGGAGGAAACAUGGGAGGUCCCACACUACUGCCAGCAGAGGGCGCUGUGUUCCUCACAAACUACAGAAUCUUAUUCAAAGGAACACCAUGUGAUCCUCUUGCCUGUGAGCAGAUAGUGAUUCGGUCCUUCCCCAUUUCCACUCUAACAAAAGAGAAACUAGUCAAGUUACAGUAUACCCCACACAUAGAUCAGCUCCCUAAGGAGGGAGUGCAGCUCAGGUCCUGUAUAUUUCAGCUGAUGAAAAUCGCGUUUGAUGAGGAAGUCAGCCCAGAUGAUGUUGAGGCUUUCCGUAAACUGUCCACAAAAUAUCGCAGCCCGACAACAGUGUUCAUGACAUUUGCAUUUGCUGGACAAGCAAUACCACAACCCAGUACUAUGCUGAAACCAGUAGAGAAGAAUGCCUCACUCAAAAAUUUUGCCAAGAAGACAAUCAUGAAAACUGCCAGAAAAGCAGGUAUAGCAAAACAGAAAGCACCCAAACGGAAAUAUGUGCUACCUACUCCACCAAUGAGUCGGCGGAGCAUGUCCCCGCGUUCUUCUGCAGGGUCGGACAGUGAAUCAGACAGACCUGUCAGUGAAGCAUUAGACGAUCUUUCUAUAAUAGACGAGGGAGAGUUUGGCAGGAGUUGGUUAUCUGACCCCAAGGUCAUUGAGAGGUUAAUGGAGAGACCUGGUUACCAGGACUAUGUACGCCAGGGAUUCGGGGAGCCUUCAGAUUCCUCCGUCAAAGGGAAGUCCACAGAGCAGUUCAGGAUAUCUACUGUCAACUCCAACUUCUCCGUGUCCAAAAGUUACCCAGCCCUGUUAGUUGUUCCUGCCAACUUUCCGGAUGACAGUAUAAGAAGGUUUGCCAGGACACACAGACAGUACAGAUUUCCGGUGGUGACAUGGCGACACCCACGCACCAAAGCAUUGUUGUUACGGGCCAGUGGUUUUCAUGGACGUGGUCUGAUGGGCAUGCUAAAGUCAGAUACAACAACAGGUACAUCCACGGGUGAAAUCUCAGCAUCGCUGCAUCAGGAGCGAUACUUUUCAUGUAUUGUGUCAGCCACACCCAAUAGUAUGAAAUCGUACAAGCCUUCCUACAGUGACUCUCUCACAAGUUUAGACUCGCUGAUGUUGACGGGAGUUCAGGAGUCGUUACUCGUCCCAGAAACACCAGAGGUAGUGAGACGCUCCCAUCCUGCCGCGUCGAGCAUGCGUAACAUCAGCAACCCAAAGACCUCAUCUAAUCGUGACUCUGUGUACUCCAUUGCCGAGUCUAACCCAGUCACCGGCAGAAGUAGCCUCUUUUUACGGGCUGUCAACAUAUUUCGGCCGGGUGGGGCUAAAAGCUCCCCCGAACUUUUGACUUUACCACGUCGGACUCGAACCAGGAACGCUUGGCCAACAUUUUCACGCAUCGGCAGCAUACGUGAGAAACCUCGCAUGAAUUCCAGCAGUGCCACGUUAGACUCGUCUGCCAUGCUGCACCAGAAUGGCGGGGUCAACGAGAGGUCAGAGCUCCUUCACAACUCAGUGCAGGGCCUCAAACGUGUGGCCCUUUAUGUCCUUGGGGAAAAGGCACAGAUGAAGGGAAUCAAGGUAGAAUCUUUCCCAAAGUGUGAUUUCAUCCCAGUAGAGUUCUAUGAAGUCCGGCAAGUCAAGGCAAGCUUUAAGAAGUUGAUGAGAGCGUGUGUGCCAAGUGCUCCACUGACCCCCGAAACAGGCUUCCACAAACUUGUAGAGGAAUCAGAAUGGCUCCUACAGGUUCAGAAUAUUAUGCAGCUGGCUGGAGCCACUGUAGAUCUGCUGGACGUGCAAGGGUCAUCCGUCAUCAUCUGUCUGGAGGAUGGCUGGGACAUCACCACGCAGGUGGUGUCUGUAGCUCAGCUGCUCUUAGAUCCAUAUUACCGCACCAUUGAAGGAUUCAAGAGUCUGGUGGAAAAGGAGUGGUUGUCAUUUGGUCAUCGCUUCACUCACCGCAGCAACCAGACAGCAGCCAAUCAGGCGAGUGGGUUUGCUCCACUGUUUCUGCAGUUUUUGGACGUGAUCCAUCAGAUACACAACCAGUUUCCAUUGUCUUUCGAGUAUAACCAGUUCUUCCUGAGGUUCAUAGGCUAUCACUAUGUGUCCAAUCGAUUUCGGACAUUUAUGAUGGACAAUGAGUAUGAGCGAGUGGAGGCUGGCUGGCUAAUGGAUGAUAGGAGAUCAUCCAAGAUCAACCACGAACAGUCGGAGCUAGAUGCUGGUUUUGCCCAGAGGCACCAGUCUCACCAGGGAACAUCAAUCUGGGACUACAUAGAGAAGCAUCAUCGGAAAUCGACUCUAUUCCUGAACUUCCAGUACAGUACGCGGGACCAGGAUGUGGUCCUCCGUCCAUACUCCAACAUCUCAAAUCUCAGAAUCUGGGACUUUUUCCUGAACGAAGAUCUCGCUCAUGGACCAGCUUAUGAGAUUGAGACAACAAAUAAAGAAAUCCAGAUCAGUGAGGAAGAGAGGACGGACAGCUCUGGACAACCACUCAUGCGGAAAAUUGUCAAUGGCUGCUAUGAUAAUGUAAUCUUACAACAACCCAAUGUGUUCAGGCAAAUGCUUCAGGAAAUACACAAGUUGGAGACAGAUUUGGGGCAUUUCCAGCAAAAAUGGAAGGCAGUCUGGGACAAGCUUGACUUGCCAACUGGCAAACGAGAGACUAUGCAAAGAAAUCUAUCCUUUAAUACUCAGAUUGUGAAAUCUCAUGGACGCUCGAUACACAAGCGAUCAACCCUGGAAAUUUUAGUGAAAGGGAAGAUGUUAGGAGAAGCUGCCAAGAUGUUUAGUCAGCCUCAUCGUUUUGAAAAACACACUUACACUACACCAGCAUAUUGUGAUUACUGUGGGCAGGUGCUUUGGGGUCUUCUCAAGACAGGGAUGCACUGCACAGAUUGUGGUUAUAACUGUCAUGAGAAGUGUACAUCUAAUGUGCCAAAAAACUGUACAAAGUUAAAAAUAGUCCCUGACACUGGCAACAACAGCUCAAGCGUGUCCAGAUCUUCAGACACAUCUACCCUUAAAAGUGAGGAGUUCCCAGUAGAGAGUGGCCCGACUUUUGCCACCUACACUCCAGCCUCAGCCAACACAGAAAACAGCUGUCUCCACAAAGGUUACCUCUUCAAGAGAGGGGCCCUCCUAAAGGGUUGGAAGCAGCGAUGGUUCGUCUUGGAUUCUACAAAACACCAGCUGCGGUACUAUGACUCUGAAGAAGACACAAACUGUAAGGGCUACAUCGAACUGUUUGAUGUCCAGUCAGUCCAGAUCAUACGCAACGUCCAGGGGGCCCCCAAAAAAGCAGACGAGAAUGCUUUCUUUGAGUUGAAAACAAACCGAAGAGUCUACAACUUCUUGGCAGCAGAUGCUAAAACCGCCCAGAUCUGGAUUGACCGGAUUCAUGGCUUUAUAUGAAGGUGAGGAGGUUAACAUACGAUCACGCAAGUGCCCCCUCUUCAUUCCUGCUGUUGGAGACCAAAGGUGCCAUAGUUUUGUCCUCAAUCCACCUGUCCGUGUGUUGUGUGUAUCUGUGUACUAUUGUCUACAUAAUGGCGGCCCUUGACACUCGGAAAAUACAAGUGGAACAGACAAAGAAAUCUGAAGAAAAUCCCUACAGGUUUCAAAUAUUUCAAAAUGCAAAUGACAGAGUAUUUAUACGGGAGGAUGAGGAUAAACCUGAAAUUUUAAUGGAAUUUACUGCAGCUGGACAGAACAUUCAGAGUAAACAUCAAAUCAAUUGUUUUAUUUAUCUUGCAAUAGCAGCUAUGUCACUGUAAUAACUAUGUUUGUUAUCUGUGUGGUGUUAGUGAUGGUAUCCCAGGAUUCUCUGCUGCCUCGGUGCUUUGACUGGCCUGUCACACAAAACUCUCAUCGUUUUGGUGUGACAGACACAGGUCCCAUGCUUAGGAGCUUAUUUACAAGGACACACACUUUUGGAGGAUAAGCAAACGUGCUUGAUGCAUAAUAAAUUUGUAAAUAUGUUUGUUGGACAAAUGUCUGGACAUCUGUACACAGUAUGGAUUGUGAUUGAUUUGUCUUACUGGCUUGUUGAAAAGGGAAGCUUGAAUUAAAUCAGUUUAUCUUAGUUUAGACGACGGAGGAAAUAAAACUGAGGCUAGUGUUUAUAAUGCAGUACUUUUACUUUAGAGUGACACAAAGCUGAACAAAUUGUUAGAUAUAUAGCUAUGCGUCUUUAUUUAUGUCUAUAAUAAGAAUGACAUUACGGGAAGAUGUAUGUCGUUAUGUCCUGUAUAUUUCAUCAUGCUGUACAAAUCAUUCAUGUAUUUAUUUAUUUUUUGGAUCACUAGACUAGUAAUCAUCAUGUUCUUUGUACAUAAGAUUUCUACGCUUUCUGAAUAAUGUAUAUAGUGUAUUUAUUAGGCAGUAAGUUUUGUAUGUGUACUUGUGUGCAACACCCCCCCCCCCCCCCCCCCCCUCCCCUCCCUCCUCAUAGAAUCACACCAUAUCAGGACUGUGUUUCAAUGACAUUCUUUUUGUGAAUGUCUCUUAGUUUGGUUUCCACAGGCUUUUAUUGUUGUUUAAUGUUUUUUGUUGCUAGUCAAUUUUGCACUGUGAGCCUGAUUUCUGUCACCAAAUCAAUUUUACCAUCAAAUAUCGUGAAUUAACUCCGUUUUUGUAAACAGAAAGUUUUAUUUUUGUCGACCAAUAAACUGCCAGAUGCUUCAUUGACUUUCAUGUUCAAAUUUACAAUUCUUGAAGUAUUGAAUAUAGAACACCUUCGAGUACAAUUGUGUAUUAAACUACAUUUUAUUUUUAACCUCUUGAAUUCAGCUGCUCAUUUGUGUGUCUUGUUAAGAAUGACCAAGGUUUUAGAUCCCAUGACAUGAAAUUUUUAGUAACAUUUUAGCACCAUAUGCAUGUGCAUAUUUAUGUUUUGACAGAAUUACAGUGUACCUACAGAGCCAGUUUUAUUUAAUGGGCUUAAAACAGCUUUGUGGGUCUCUGUGUUAUCUCCACUAAUGUUUUGUGACAGUAUUGCUUCCCCUCUCAGUUCUAAAUCUGCUCAACAUUGGUAGAAUACGCGGCUAUCAUGAAAACUAUCCAAUACUUCCUGUCUCAGUGCCCCAACAGCAGAUGACUGGUUUCAGUAGGAAAUACUUGUGCAAUAAAGUACAUCAGAUAUUGUGAAAGUAGAGUGGUUUUCGGCGAGUGUUCUCCCCUUGUCAGUAUUGUAGAUUUUCGUUUUAAGAUUUGAUCCAUUGCGUGUUUGUGGGAUGCAUGAUAUAUACAAUAAGAUAGACUGGAGUAAAAUAUUACCAUCAUACUUUAAUCCUACACGAAAGUCUGAUGUACAUGAAUAUAAAACAAAUUUUGUAAUGAAUUAUUUAUCAGAUUUUUUUCCUUGAGAAAUAUUGGUACUUUUUGUGCUGUUAUUGUUGAUUCACAUGAAAUUUCCACGCUGCUCAAAAAAAGUAAAGGUAUUUAGUUUCUUGGUACAUGUAGGUAUAUUGACAUCAUGAUAAGAAAGUGAGAAUAGGCUUAAGGUAGCUCACUACACUAAAGCUUAUAUUCUUUAUGACAGAUGGCGAUUUAAAUGUUUUGUGAAAUUAUUUGUAUCGAUUGAUUUGUUUGUCUCUCAUCAUAGCUCAGUGGUUAAAGUAUUGGACUGGUGAACCACAGAUCUCGAGUUCAAAUCCGCCAGAGUCUUUUGUUCAUAUGUGUUGAAAUAAAAAAAAUUUGAAAAUCAUGUUUUUAUCCAAAAUUGCAUAUUUUCUGCCUUUUUUGGCAUAUUAACUUCAUGUAUAUCAUCAUAUCUUUUAUGAUUAAAUCAAUUCGUACUGAUUUGAGACACUAUUUCAAGGUGUAGUGAGCCACCUUAGAUAAACAAAAAUUUAACUGACAUAAUGUGUUAGAUAUUGCAAUUUUUAAGUCAUUAAAUUUGUGCUGAGAUUUUGUUUUUAAUGAUUCAAAAUGUCAAUCAACUAGUAGCCAAGAGAAUGCUACAUUUAUUAUUUUUGAUUUUUUUGUAAGGUUCUUGGGUAAUAGAGCAUGGUUUUUGUGGAAAAUAUAGCAUACCAAUCUUUAACAAUGUGAAAUAGAAUUUUAUAUGACACAGUUCUAUGUGUCUUCUUUAAAGGACUUUGAUUAUUUUCAAUAGAAUUUCUCCUUCUAUAGAUAUUUUUAAUACGAUUUUGUUACAAGUUGCACCAGCUGUUGUUUGUAUAGUGUAUGUUUAAAGCUUGUAUGUAUGUUACAUACUGACAUAGGGUACUGAAAUAAACAUCAUAAGAUUUAA